AGGGAGGCGUUGGCUACAUCGUCAUCGAUGGGUCAGCGGUUGCCCUUGGAACGCUCUCUGAAAAUGGACUAAAAGUCCACCACCAUGAGAACGUGGAUAUUCCAAAAAAGCACGGCAGAGGUGGCCAGUCCGCUCCCAGGUUCCAGCGCAUCCGCCUGGAAAAGAGACAAUUGCUGGUGAAGAAAGUAAUUGCUCUCAGCGAAGAUUAUUUUCUGAAUGAAAAUAAGGCGACCGUGCAGGUUCAGGCCCUGGUGGUAGGGGGUCCUGGUCAGCUGAAGGACCAAUUGGUUGAGCGUCUCCCUCAGCUCUUGAAGAGUGCUGUAAGAUCUGUAAUAAACACCUCAUACUCCGGCCGUCAAGGUCUGAGGGAGGCCAUCAAUGGCACACGGGACCUCCGCCAGCACAUGCUUUUGGAAAAGUCUAACACUGUCCUCA